AUGGUCUGGUAUAAACAAGCAUCACAUAAGCCCACCCAGAUAAGACAAACUUGGGAAAGACAUCCUACGGACCUUACCAGUAGUCUCCGAAAGGUGGCUUUUGUGCAGAAAGAGUAUACUACACCUGUUUUCAGAGUGGACUCUAGAGAAUUCAAGCCAAAAUAUCAGUUUCAGAAACUCAUCAAGAGUGGUCUUGAUCCUUUCCUAAGGAACAUAAACAGCAAAAUGCCAUUCAGAAAGAAGAAAGGCCAAGGCGCACACCGAUCUCCAAGCAUUUCAAGUGCAGACGACGCAGAACACGAAGACCAAGACCCUCCUUACACAGAACAUUCAAGGUCUGCAGGAUCUCACACACCCUGGGCUGAAGAUCCUAACCUCGCCACAACCCACUUGGUACACCAGAAAAGUAACUUGCCUCCCGAACAUACCACCACCAACACAAUGAUUGCAGACAGGAAGAAUACAUGGUCACUCGACCCUACUCUCAGCACAACAGAGACAUCCGAUAUGAAGAAAAUAUUCAUCAGUGAUCAUCCCGUUUACACCAUAACAAAGUUAUCAGAUACGGAUUAUAAACUGUCAACUGACCCUAGUUCCAAUACACCAAAGGCUUCAGACACCAGGCUAUCCAGUGUUCAUAGUUCCAAUACAGCAAAGCCUUCAGACACCAGGCUAUCCAGUGCUCCUAGUUCCAAUACACCAAAGCCUUCAGACACCAGGCUAUCCAGUGUUCAUAGUUCCAAUACGGCAAAGCCUUCAGACACCAGGCUAUCCAGUGUUCAUAGUUCCAAUACAGCAAAGCCUUCAGACACCAGGCUAUCCAGUGUUCAUAGUUCCAAUACGGCAAAGGCUUCAGACACCAGGCUAUCCAGUGUUCAUAGUUCCAAUACGGCAAAGCCUUCAGACACCAGGCUAUCCAGUGUUCAUAGUUCCAAUACAGCAAAGCCUUCAGACACCAGGCUAUCCAGUGUUCAUAGUUCCAAUACAGCAAAGCCUUCAGACACCAGGCUAUCCAGUGUUCAUAGUUCCAAUACGGCAAAGCCUUCAGACACCAGGCUAUCCAGUGUUCAUAGUUCCAAUACGGCAAAGGCUUCAGACACCAGGCUAUCCAGUGUUCAUAGUUCCAAUACGGCAAAGGCUUCAGACACGAGACUAUCCAGUGUUCAUAGUUCCAAUACGGCAAAGCCUUCAGACACAAUGUUUUCCAGUGUUCAUAGUUCCAACACGGCAAAGCCUUCAGACACAAGACUAUCCAGUGUCCCUAGUUCCAAUAUGGCAAAGCCUUCAGACACCAGGCUAUCCAGUGCUCAUAGUUCCAAUACGGCAAAGCCUUCAGACACAAGACUAUCCAGUGUUCAUAGUUCCAAUACACCAAAGCCUUCAGACACAAGACUCUCCAGUGCUUCUAGUUCCAAUACGGCAAAGCCUUCAGACACGAGGCUCUCCAGUGUUCAUAGUUCCAAUACGGCAAAGCCUUCAGACACGAUGUUAUCCAGUGUUCAUAGUUCCAAUACAGCGAAACCUUCAGACACCAGGCUCUCCAGUGUUCAUAGUUCGAAUACGGCAAAGCCUUCAGACACCAGGCUAUCCAGUGUUCAUAGUUCCAAUACAGCAAAGCCUUCAGACACCAGGCUAUCCAGUGUUCAUAGUUCCAAUACAGCAAAGCCUUCAGACACCAGGCUAUCCAGUGUUCAUAGUUCGAAUACGGCAAAGCCUUCAGACACGAGACUAUCCAGUGUUCAUAGUUCCAACACGGCAAAGCCUUCAGACACGAUGUUAUCCAGUGUUCAUAGUUCCAAUACGGCAAAGCCUUCAGACACCAGGCUCUCCAGUGCUCAUAGUUCCAAUACGGCAAAGCCUUCAGACACAAGACUGUCUAGUACACAUAGUUCCAAUACAGCCAAACCUUCAGAUAGGAGGCCAUCCAGUGUCCCUAGUUCCAAUAUGGCAAAGCCUUCAGAUACCAGGAUAUCCAGUGCUCCUAGUUCCAGUUCAUCACAGACUUCAGUCCCUGGUAGGUUUCCCCAUAAUCCUAGUAUCAUUUCAACAAAGUCUUCAGAUAGUAAGAAUACGUUGUCCCAGGAUCCUAGUAACAUUCUGACGAAGCCUUCCGAUGUUAGUAUUGUAAGCCACGAUUCUAGCAAUACUGCCAAAAAGUCUUCAGAUACUAGCACAUCGUCCCGAGUUCUUAGUAUCAUAUCAACACAGUCUUUAGAUAGUAAGAACAAGUUGCCAGGUGGUAACCCUACCGCCCAUUCAGAUCUGACUCCCAACACAGUCAGAACUCCAGCUUCAAGGGAUAAGUUAGUGCGGGAUCCUGCUGUCUUCACAGUGUACUCUUUGGAUAUGCAGCUGCCAAACGUACCUUUCCCAAACUACCAAAAAGAAUCGUCCUCACCUGAAAAUGUAAACAUCUAUCACCCCUCGAGCCCAACCAAGUUGACCUCUAAUGCUGAAAAUAGAAGACCAUCCAUAGCACUCAAAUCAGUUUUCAGUAGGAAUCUGCAAGACCUCUCAGACGAGUUAUUUUCUAAGCCGGAUGCCGGCACAAACAGUGCUGAGGCAAUACGGGGAAGCUCCUCUCUGUCUCUAAGUGUGCGCGACAGGCCCUCAAAUGGGGUGGAAGACAAAGUGUUUGAAAAGGUCCAAGACAUAAAGAACUGGCUUUCAUCCAAAGACAUUCUAAAUUCACAGGCUCUUCUAAGUCCCGUGGUUAAAAGUGUUCCUCAAGGUGUAUUUCCGGAAGGUGGACCGGGAACAUCUUCAGACAUAGAAGGUAUCUCUGGCAAACCCUUAGAGGCUGCUGAAAUAAAUUUUCCAUCAAACAGAAAGAGCAGCUUUAAAACAAAGCAUUUAGUAAAUGAAGUGUCAAGCUCCAGUCUGGGUUUAAAUGGUGGUGUCUAUGAACACAUCAUUAAGCAAAUAUUCACUGGGCCCCUAUUAUCACACCUGGAGGCAGGGAUGGCGCUGAGUGAGGCACAGACGGCCCUGCAGAAACAGCUGCUCGCUUCCUCGGAGAGAAGUUCGUCGUCACAGAUUGAUAACUAUGAAGAAGACAGCAAUGAAGUUCCUUUGUCGCCAGCCAAAUCCAGUAUAAGCAGAAUCUUACAGUCUUUUCCCGUAGAAACUCUCUUGGAGUCUGGGAUGAUCAGCGUGACAGAACUAGAAGAAGAGAACCAGAGCUCUUUGUUGGACGGACAGACGGCCUCUCCCGAGGACAAGGUGCAGAACCCGACAGAGCAGCAUUCUAACGUCCAAAGCCAAACAAAGCUGCUUUCAAGACAGACUACGCCUACUACUCAGCCCACAGAAACCUUUGUGAGUGGAGCUCAUUACCAAAGAGUAGACAAACAGUCAGAUUUCCUGAACGAGCAGCAGCACCAUCUGGAUACAGAGGAGACUGGGCUAAGUUCCACGUUGGAGACUUUAAGUAGCAGCUUCAUGGGCAAACUUAAAGACAUAGAUGCAGUAAUGUUAAAAUCCUUCCUAAAAAAUAUCUUCAGGGCGUUCUUCAAAUAUAACCAGUUAGAGAAAGAGCUUGACAGACUAAUUUCACAUUCUGCGCCCCACGGUGCAGAACACCUAGAAAAAAUUCAAGCAGACAGAGAAGACAGGAAGGCCACUUUGGAUCCGAAGCUGUGUGGGCUUCUAGAGAAACUGUCAGAGUCAGAAGUCAAAACUCUGAAGGUCGAGUUAGGUAAGCACAUUCAGCAUUACAUUAUAGAAAGGCUCUCGGAGGUGGGCCACAUCACCAAGGAGGAUUUACCAAAAGUUUACGGAAACCUGGGUCAGAUGAGCGAGAAAGCAGAGGCCAAAGAGCCAAGCCCUCCCCAGGACAAGUAUUCGGAAACCAUCAAGGAAGUCAUGUCUUUUAUGAAGAGUUUCAACCAUCACUUCAUAGAUAAACACUUAGAAACAAAACUCCGAUCUUUUCUAAAUGAAAUUCUCCAAAAAUGUUUCCUGAGGAAUCUUUCAGGGAGCAAUUUAUUCAAUGAGGCAGAUAGCAUGGCUCUCUGCCCCAGCAUGUCCUCGCUGAGAAGUAAGAGCACCCCAAGGUGUUUGCCUGAGCUGGAACAAGACAUUGCCGGUGGGGGUUUGGGUUCAAAGCUUAAAAUAAACAUGAAAUACCCUUUAAGUGAAUCUCUACAAAAUUGCCUCAAUGUUUUACCAGAAAAUGAAUUAUUAGGUCUAAAAACGGAUUUGAAUAAAUACGUCCAGGUUCUCUUUAUAGAAAAACUUCAGAAAUCAGGACUAAUUACAGAAAAACAGCUAGAGGGGAUCAGCCAGCAAGUUAAUUCUCUUGAUUCAUUUUCAAGGUCAUUAAACUACACAAAACCAGAUUUACCUCUUAGAGAUGAAAGUUACUUUAUGAGGGAGGAUUCAGAAAAGCAAAAGAAAUAUUCAAAAGUCUGUCAAAAUCCCAUGUCACCAACAUUUCUCGAAGAUCCAUGCGGAGAAAAAGAACUGACCCAAGAGGAAGAAAAGGGGGGCUCUUUCUCAUACAGUUUGAAAGAAAAUCCACCAGCAUUCUGGGAACAUAAGCAUGUUUAUAGUAGGGAAGUUAAAACAGUAAUAAAAGUACAAACUCAUCCCAAUAAAAAUAUCCAGGCAAAUCCACUAAACAAAUCACCAGAAAGACUUGCAGAUCUCUUACUUAAGAAACACCAGAAAGAUCAUGGUUUCAUGCAACUUCCUCAAGCAGAAAACUCUGUUUACAAAGCAGAGACUCAAGAGUCCUACAGCUGGGAUGGUCGAUCAAAACCAAUUCAAUCAAAACUUUGCUUUGAAAAGACACUAAGAGCGAAGUCACUUGACAAAAGGGAGAGCAAUAACAUCUGUAAAUUGCUUGCUCAGGAAAAACCCGAUACGGGAUUGCCGCCUUAUCUAAAGCUUCCUACCUCCAAAAUGUCAAGAGAAAAUGAACACUUAAAUAGACUCCCCUUCCCUACCUGGCUGAAUAACACUUUCCUUUACGUCAACACAGAGAGUGGGAAACAAUCAAAACUAGACAAGUACUGUCAAAAGUGGAAAGGAAACAAUAACAACAAUAAAAAACACUUGGUAACAUUUGCACAAUUCAAAAACGAAAUGGAAACUCUUUAUACAAACCCGUACGAAGCUUGCCGUGAAAAAUGCACCAAGAUCUCUGAAUCGCCGCCAUUAGAAAACAAAGAAGAUGGGAGAAACUCCCGGCCAUCCUUCUUCCCAGAAGUACUGAAGAGAGAAAACAUGAGAUCCAAAAGAAGAGAUUACACCGUCAAACCGAAGAAGUCAUUUUACAAGCUAGUUAGGAUACUGCCAGCCACACUGCCCACAAGACCUCACCUCCGGAAGUCUGUCCCAAGGACUUUGCUUCACUGGACUGCAAGGAGAACUAUACAUGACUGUUUGGAUAGAUUCGACGAUUUACAUAUGCCUUCAGUCAAACAUCCUAAAAACUCAAAAUCAAGAGCCAGACUUUUAGGCAAGAGUCCAGACGAUCCCCACAACCAGGCAAAACACUGUGCACGACCCUUCACUGCGCCAGAGCCAAACAAAGGCCGAGAAAGUGUCGCCGGGAAAUUCGCAAGUCCUCGGAUGGUUUCAGCGGGCUUAGUUCAUAUACACGAUACCAACCCACAGUACGAGAUACGUAAAAUACAGUCCAAAAGAAAAUUAAAAGAGAAUAUUGAAAAACGUCCGCUCAUUUGUGAUAUUAUCCAGAUGCUAGAUACUAUAGGAUGAUAUGUGAGGCCACCAGUCAGAAUAUAAUUCCUGCACUCACAAAAUGGU